GUGUUAAGCAGAAGUUUCCAGAAUAUUUUCUGGCUGCCGCUUAGAACGAAAGCAAACAAAGCUUUAAUAGCAGUGCUUUGAAAUUUGGUAAUAAAGGUAUUGCAGAAGCGCGUACUUUUCAUAAACGCUCCAUUAACUCAUAAUCAUCAAAUUAAACGUCGCUUAUUGUUUCAAUAACAUACUUAUAACUUGAAAUUUCAACGUACACUGAUCAGGUAAUUGCGUUUUACUUAAGUUUCGGUUUCUCGGGACAAAAUAUACAGAAUUACAACUUUGUACAAUAAAAAUUAGUGUUCGUUAUCAUUACAGUUGAUCAAAAUUCACCAAAGUAAAACUAGUCGCUCAGAAAAUUUCUUAUUUUCAUUAUAACAUAACGUUUUCUCAGAAGCUUAACUUUUUCAAAAUGGAGUGGUAUCCGACUCAGCCGAUCAAUAUUGAAAUUCAAAAUGAACAUCAUCUCGACCAUUUAUGUUCUACUGAAGAAGAUGCUGUGUUGAGCUUGAAAUUGGAAGAAUUCUGGGAUGCCGAAAAGCACCGAGUCCAGCUUGUCGAAAGUCAAGUUUUAUCUAGCAGUUUGGAGAAUCAGUUUCUGUACGAAGAUAGCGUUAGCAAGCCUAUUUCAGAUACAUUGGAUUUCGCUCAGAAGGUCCCCACUCAUAUUUCUGACGUAGAGACCGGUCUUACACUACGUGGUGAAGAUAUUCACGAUAUACCAACAGUUUACACCAUCAGCGGCCUGCGAAAUUAUGAAUUUCCUGUCGUUGGUACCUACGUAGACAGACGGAUUGUACCAGGUUUUAAGUACAGAGUUCGAAUCAUUCAAACAGACCUUUAUCAGUUCGGUGGCAAGGCUUUGAACUUAAGGUCAAUCGGAAUGGGCUAUGGAAAACGGCUGACCUUUGAAAGCGAGAGCCUAAACUACAAUGAAAAUUAUUUUUGGUCUGACAGUGAUUCAAAUGGCUAUGGUUUUGCCAUUGUUGCUAUUGAAGAAGGUGAUGAGUUCAUCAUCAAAGAUUAUAAGGAUGCCAUCUGCGGAGAACUAACGGUAAGAAAAUGUUCUAACUCUCAGACUGAGAAAGACAUGCGGGUGGCCAAAGACGGAGUCGUUGAAAAAACCAUUGAAGUUAGGCUAUGGGCUGAAAUCAGAAAUGCACAGAAUGAGCUGGAUAUUCGGCUAUCAACGAGCCAGGAUGAUGGGUUUAUAGGAAAAGUUUCCCUCGUGAGAUCAAAGCAAACACCAGUAGCUGAGGUCCGCAGGGUAGACUUCGAUGACUGCAGUCUGAAAGGCUACCAUCUUGAGGCUCGUGCCAAGAUGAAGAACGUGAACGGAGGUUGAUGGAGUUUGCCAAUAUACUGACACUGGCUUGACCAAAGGAGGACAGAUUCUCGUCUUCCCAUGUCUACAGUAAGCUGAAGUUGUUGUAUUUCUUUGAAUAGGUACACACGUACUCCACGGUAAUCCUUGCAAAAGUCGGUUAACUAAAGUAUUGUAUGUACAUUUGUAUAGUGAGUCUUAUCGUACUUAGAAAUUAUCUGUAGAAAGAACUUUCAAUCAGAUCAAGAUGUUAAAAAAAUAUAUAGCAACAGUAUUUUGAAUGUUCGAAACAAAAUAGAAGUCCAGGUGAGAAGAUAAACUCUACAAAAGCUGUAAUAACGUUAGAAACAUUUUAAAAGUAAGUCAGAGAGAGAACAUAUUUCUUGAAACAAGAAUAUCUAUUUAAACGCGUUGUCAAUAAACAUUUUAAUGUAUUUAUGGUUGCUUAGUCUUUGUAUCUCUUGUUUAAAUAAAGACCGUUUGAACUUCUGUUUCAACUAGUGUUAGAGCGUUAAUUAAGAUCAACAAACUAUAUCAAAUUUCUUUUCUCCAAAUGGGCCUGAAUUUUGUAACUUUGGUUGAAAAAAUAAAAUAUAAGAAUACUGUGUCGUCUCUUUAAAGUUGGAGGUAUUGCUCUUUGAAAUGAACUAAAUGUAUGUGUCUGAUGGUAAUCGUUGUCUGUAAAUUGUAAGUAUGUGUAGUAUGGUGAAUAAACAAUAUUGAAUCACGUUUU